UGGCGUCUGUGCGCAGUCGAGGCCGGUGCGUUGGGGUGACUGUGUGCUGGUGGUGGCGGUCCGAGCUCCGACACAGACGCCGCCGAUCGGAUCAGCUCUGCUGACCAGGAUGAUGCUUCGGUCGAUGGCCAACCACCUAGGCUAGUGCCGGCAAGCAACAAGUACAGCCGCUGAGUAUGCUGAUCGCUGGUGACCAGGUCGGCUGGAAGUGGUCCACUGAGCCGGCCGCCUCGCCAUGAAGCUGUAUCAGCAGACGUCGCCCGACUGCGUGCAGGCUUGGACGCGGGAGGACUUCGGCUUCAGCGGCGACGCCAAGGCCGGCCUCGCCACCAGCCUCGAGCACAUCUUCCCGCCGCAGUCGCCGGCACCCUCGUCGUCCACCGCCUCGUGUGCGGCCUCCUCCAGCUUCACAGAGCUGAAGCCGGUGCCACCGCUCAAGGCGCUAACCCAAUGUGACUAUGUGGGGAGUUCGGGUGAAGCGGCCGGCUCGCCGGGCUACUACCCGGCACCCGAACCGGGUCCCGGCACGCCUGAGGUGGUGUCCACCACCACCAGCGGCAUGGGCGAGCUAGGCGAGUCGGUAAUGAUGAAGCCUGCCGAGCCGGGCACGCUCGAGACGUUCCCGGCCGCUGACAUGGCCGACGACGACUUCGCCGCCAUCAUCGGCAACGCCAUGGUCGACCCGCAGCUGGUCGUGCCCGAGAACAUGGACCUCGGCAACUUCACCAGCUCGGACAUGCACGACUUAGAGGCGUGGAUCGAUGGCCAGUCGCAGGCGCAGCUGCAGCGGUACGGCGCCGCCAGCCAGGCGCACACCGCCGCCGUCCACCCGGGCCUGCCGUACAGCGCCGCCAGCCCCAUGCUGCAGAACCUGCUGUCAGGCCACAGCUACGCGCCACCGCGCACCGCGCACCCGCCUGGCUACGGUAGUCUGCUGCAAGGCGGCCAGCUACACCAGCGCCUGCAGCGGCCGUUGGCCACCUACAGCCCGCCCAGCUAUGCGGCCAGCGGCGGCGAGACUCUCGCGCAGCAGGCCGAGUCGGGCACCAGCGCCAAGAAACGGCGCGCGCUUGCGCGCUCCUUCAUCAAAAUGUCGAUCGCAUCGGAGGGCACCAAGGACCGGCCUAUGCACCGCUGCACCAUCUGCAACCGCGGCUUCCUCAACAAGAGCAACAUCAAGGUGCACCUGCGCACGCACACCGGCGAGAAGCCGUUCAAGUGCGAGACGUGCAGUAAGGCGUUUAGGCAAAAGGCGCACCUCAUCAAACACUAUCACAUCCAUAAGCGCAUCAGCAGGGACUGACGUGGUGGCCAUGCGGUGGGCGCGUUCGGACCCGGUGGUGCGCGUGAGUGGUGCGCGCGCACAUCGAUCUUUCAAGGCUGGCCACGGCCGCCGCGCCGCGCCCGGAGAAAGCCGCAGCGACCUACUGACGGGUCAGCAGCGGCGUGACUUCCCGUGUCGCCACGCCGCCGCCCGGCAUGCCGGGAGAUGUCCCACCGACCCCCUCCCCCGCCUCACAGUCACCCACGGCCCCGCUUCCGGGGCACGUUUGGACCAACUUCCGGUUUGCGUGGCCGCCGCCGAACCGGCUCAGCCCAGCCCGACCCGGUGCGGCCGGCUGGCCGACCGGCGACAGCGGUCUGGUUCGCAUGUGGGUCAGUUGGAUCCGGAGGGCUCGUAUCUAGGCCGAUGCCCUGCACGGCCACAACACGGCUGAUGCGCAUGCGCAGAACGCGGCGACGAGCGGGUCAGACGCCGGGCGGAAGACAGGAGGUGGGAUUCGUAGGGUGAUGGGGAACAGGGGUUAGUCACGGACCGUGACAUGCGCUAAAGACACAUGUCUCACAGGAGGAUGUUUAAGUCGUGGCCUGAGCGGCUGUCAGCAGGAGGGACCCCUGCCUCUUGCGAGGUGCUUUCUGGCACGUACUUCAACUGCGAUCGCGGCUGAAGCCUUGAAGAAAAGCAGUAUGCUGUGUCUGGACAAAGCCACUGCAGCUUAAGUUUGUAUCUUGGCUUGGAAAAGUUUAUUCUAAUCGGUUGCACGCUCUGCACAAAGCCCCGCACAACCAUCAUCCUACUGCAACGCGCCGUUUCAGCUGUAUCAUUUUCGUCUGCCGGCUGGCGCGGAGUGGCUCUGGAAUCAGAUGGGGUCGGUGAGGCGCGCGCAAGCAUUCCGGCCAGUGCUGGCAUCCUUCAUGACUCGCGGUGGAAAGCCGUUGUCCCAGAUAACCGUAACACUUCUGGCCGGCGGGUACGCUGCGCGCGCGCGCGCGCGGGCAGGGCGGCGGCAGCGGCGCCGAGUGGGCCCGCAGCUGCCCACGCCGGCGACGGUCUGGAGUCACCCCUGUCGACCCACGGUCGACCCCGCGGCGGCCGGGGUAAGGCGGCCCGGCACCGGGAGGACUCGAACGGCACUGCGACGCGGACCGCACUUGUUCUAAUCCAGGUCAGCCAACAAAGGCAGGCGAGUGACACAGAAACGCGCUGCGUCUCGGCGCAACGGUCAGUUGCGCCCCGUAAGUGUUCUGUCGUUGAGCUACCGUCAACAGAGCGCACAAAAAAUGACGCCACACAUCCACCGCGACUUCGGGACAACGCAGGAUUGGCGAGUUAUUGCGACUGGAGCUGGUGGCUGGGCCAAAGCAUGCAGUCGUGCAUUUGCGGGGGUUUCCCUCCUGCUGAGGUCGCUGAUGGUCAGCGGGGGCGAUGCCGGGUGAGAGGGACCAAGGGGCCGAGCCGUUGUGAUAGGGGCCAGGUAACGCCCCGCCCACCCAAGGAAGCGCCCUUGGGCGCGCUGAAUGACAUAACAACUCCGUCCUGAUCGGUACAAACGAGGACGGGUGGGCGAUGCAAUCACUGACAGUGCCCGCCCCCCGUCUGUUGUUAACUUGUUAAAUUACCGUCGUCUAUUUAUACUGUUGUUGCUGACUCCACUGUAGAAUCUCUUCGAGUGUGUAUGCAGUGUUUGAUCGGUGAUGUGUGACCUCCCACCGGUGGGCCGGGUCACUUUGCAUAUGCAUGUGUGUUUGUCGGUGCUGUGCGCCGAUCUCUUGUUGAUUUUGUUGUUGCAAUGCCAGGAGUGAUUUUACUCUUGGGUCCAGAUAGCGUAGAUGCUUCUUCCAAGCAGUGCGAUGUGUUCUUGUGACGGCUCAGCUCUAAACAUUGCACGAGGUCUCAGAUAUUUGUGCUCUGAGUGGUUUUGCGGUCGCCUCAAUUUAGUCACAAUGUGUUCAUAAUACAUGCGAAAGAGUAGCUUUUGUAAUACAGAGUAGUUUCCGGGCGGAAAUAUUGACCUGUUUCGAUGGCGCUGCGUGUUUCAUUCUUCUGGCGUCCUAUCUAUCAUUCUCCCUUGCUGUUUUUCCAGCUAUAGCUGUAUGGUUGUGGAGACGCAGGAAAUGUGCGAAUAAAAAUCAAUUUUAGACAAAAACCUUGGUUUGAUUCGGCAUGCAACACCUUUAUCUCUGAACUCUCUCCUUGUGUUGUGCUUUUCAUAUCUUUCUUAAAACUAUUUUGCUUGGUUCUUCACCGCCCCAAAACUGUUCGCUGUUCUAUUGCUCGUGAGUUGAUCAUGAAAGCAAGACCUCCCGAGCUUUGACACAAUUUCCAGGCACCAUCAUCUGUGACUUUGGGCCGGUGUGUGGGAAUGGACUUUAUUUCGAUCACAGUUUACUUCGCUCUUAGUCUUGCUCAUGUGCUUUUUCCUGGAACGGAAUGGCAGAGCAAUUAGGUACUACCUGUUUUAUUGUCUUCCUUUGCUUGAUUCCGAAAAUCCUUGCAAUAUACGCGCAGAAGGUUUUGCAGGUGAGCAAAAGAAUGUGAUCGGCGACGCAAGGUGAGAAGGUGAGUUCUCAUCCAUCACCAUGUUCUGAAGAAAGGCGUGGCACAUUCACCGGUGUGUGUCAGCUGUAAGUUGACAUCAAGCCAAGAAAAUAGAAUCAAUGCAGUGUGUCAUUGCUGUCUUGUUCAAUGUUCCUGACACUUAAUCAUUGCGCGGCCCACAUGUGUCGUCCGUGUCAUAGGACAAGACAAUGUUGAUGUUCCUGUAAGCAAUGGAUCAGCUCACUGUGAUGUUGCGGGUAGUGAUAUUGCGCGUGUGCUGUUCUCGCGCACAAAACUGUAAGGAUGUACCAAUUAUAAUAAAACUAGAGGUAGCAG